GGCGCUGCCAUGACACCGACUCCGGUUUCUUACUUCCGGUUUGAGGUGAUUGACCGUGAAUAAAUAUGAGUUCAGGCACCACUUGUGCGGUUGUUGGUUGCUCAAAUAAUUCUAAGAAAAUUAAAAACCUUUUAGAAACUGAGUGCUUUGAUCACAAAAUACGAAGGAGAGAAUGUCCUUGUCCGGUUCCCUAUCGGCUACAUUCAAUGCCACAGAGCAUAUGUUUAGACUGGCUAGCUGUGCUUAAACUGAAACAUCCGCCGAAAAAAGUUUAUGUCUGUUCGCACCAUUUCGUUCACAAACGACCCACCGAAGACCAUCCCAACCCGGAAUUAUUCCUUGGAUACGACAGACCAGUAGUGAAGAAGAGACGAACAAUUGUUCGUGUCGAAGCGACAGCAACAGCAGAAGUGACAGACCAGGAGGAUGAGGGCAUACCUGAGGUGCCACAACAACCAUCACACAGCACUGUUUCCAGCCAGUGGGAAGAUCCAUCGCUCUGGGACCACAGCUAUGGUGAACAGCAGGGUGUUGAGGAGACGGCCGAAGAUGCCACAACACAAACUGAAGAUUUCAGCUAUUCCAUGCUUCAGAGUGAUGCAGAUUCGUUCCUCUACACUGGAGUCUCACUGGAAACCUUCAACUCUCUUGUUUCCACCUUAGAAGGAUUUGCUGAAAGGGCUUCUGUUUUGUCAGUGCGUGAUCAGAUACUAAUGACACUGAUCAAAUUGAAAUUGAAUCGUGUGCUUGGUGACCUUGGUAGGCAGUUUCAUGUGUCUCAGAGUGUAGCCAGUAAGGUCAUCUCUUUCUGGAUCGAUAAAAUGGAGGAGGUCUUACGCCCUCUUAUUAUCUGGCUUCCAAAAGAAACCAUUAAGGCCACCAUGCCAACUGCAUUCAAGCGCUUUUUCCCCAACACCACCUGUGUCAUCGACUGUAGCGAAAGUUUGUUACAGAAGGCGAAAAAUCUUGACUCUAGUCUAGAGGAGAGUCCUACAGCCAUUACUACUCGCACAAUACAAUCAAGUACCUUGUUGUUGUUGCCCCAUGUGGCUUAAUCAUGUU